UUAUUCUUCCUUAUUAUGACUAGUUUUAGUUAUGAUGUUGUAUUAACUAAGUUAUUUUUAUGAAUAUUAAUAAUUCUAUUUCGAUCGGCGUUCAAAAUGUAUAGUUUUCACUGAUCUUGUGACUUUUACUUGAUUAGCAAUCGGUCCAGCGAAUCACUUUGUUUUAAAUUGGAAGUGACGCUUUGAACCACAAUUUCGCGUUAGUGAUCUCUCGCUGCUACCUCCUUUGAAAGGGAAGACAUGUCAAUGUCGAGUGUUAAUUCUAACGACAGCCAAAUAGAAGAAGCUCAAAAAGCCAUCGCCAGAAUGGCAUGUUAUGCGAAAGUGCAGCCUCGAUCGUUAUGUCAUGACUAUGAACCUUUCGGGCGAUUAGUUGAUACCCUAAAUCCAAAAUUGCGUUCAUGCCUCACCUUUGAGUCCCUUGAACACAAUUGCAUGAAAUUAUACAAGGUAGAGCAAGAAAAGGUGAAGGAAGUUUUCUCUAGACUUGGUCAGCAAAUUAGUCUCUCAGUGGAUUUACGUGUUCAUGAGAAGUUUUGGUCAGAAUAUCUUAGCUUAACUGCUCAUUUUAUUGAUGAUGAUUGGAAACUGCGAACGUGGGUUGUUAAGUAUCGUGGUGCUUUUAGGGAUUUUCCAAUUGAUAUGAUUUUGAAGACUUCGAAAGAGUAUGAUAUUCAGGGGAAAAUACCCAAUAUGACUACUGCUGCAGACGCUGGUGACUUGGCUGAUUGUGUGAAGGAAAAUAUUCAGAAGGUUAACAGUCUCCCACUGGAUGGGGAGUUGUUUCAUGUGUGGUGCAGCUGCGAUAUGAUCAGUCGUAUGGUUCAGAAAGGAUUUAAGCUGAUUAGUGAAGUUAUUGACAAGGUUCGGUUGUUAAGCUGGUCCAAAUCCUUGCCCCUAUGGUACAUUACUAGCUGGAAGCUCUCGCACGCUUUAGAGUUGAAUGCUUUAGGAGAGUUUUCUUCAGAAGAAUUCAACGAAGUACCAUCAGUUGAGGAAUGGGAAAACGUUAGGAGUAUGUGCAGGAUUGCUGAUAGAAUAUAUGAAAUCACGAAAGGAUUAUAUGAAGUUAAGAGGCCAACAGCUAGUCGCUUCCUACCUCAUAUGCAAGAGAUUCGGACAUACCUUGUUGAACAGUCGGCCAGUUCAGAUGCAUUUGUGAGGUUUCUGACAAAGAAAAUGUACAAGACCUUUAAUAAGUAUUGGAAUGAUACAUUUUUAGUGCUUUCCAUUGCUGCAUUUUUUGAUCCUCGUUAUAAAAUGAAAUACGUUGAGUUUGUUCUGUCUGACGAUUCAAAGGCUGCUGAUGUUUUAAACACCAUUCGAAAGCUUUAUGAUGGUUAUGUGAUUCAAGGAAACGAGUAUGAAUUAAGUGAGUCUAGUUCUGAGUCUGGUGACGAGGAUGAGGGUGAAGAAUGGGAAGAGGAUGAGAUCAAGGAAGAGGAUGAGAGGUCUAAUGAAGUAGUUAAGAAAAGCCGUGUCAACAUUCUUGAAACUCUAGAUGGGCUUGAAGAGUACUGUAAGUCUAUACAAUCUGCGGACGAUAAGGUUCUGAAAUCGGAUUUGGAUUUGUAUCUGGAAGAGCCAGUCUUUCCAUGGAAGGAGAAUUUCAGUGUGUUGCAUUGGUGGAAAGACAACUGUUGCAAGUAUCCCCGGCUUUCUUGUAUGGCUCGUUACUUCUUGGCUAUCCCUUUGUCUGUCGCGACUUCUUAUGAAGCAUACUACACCGAGCCUAGAGAAGUUGAUUGGACAGUGGUGUCUCUGAAACCUAAGCUGAUGAAUGCUGUGAUGUGCACUCGGAGCUGGAAACUCGGUUGUGAAUAUGAUUAAGAAUUCAGACGGCAUGUGAAAACAGUCUUUUGCAGUCCUAAUUUUAUUGCCAAAGUCACAAGGUUAUGUUGCAGCCUUGCAGGUGAUUGUAUGGGUAACAUCCAUGGAGGAAGACUUCUAUUUUUGGAAAUAUGAACUAAAUUGGAUUAGUACUGCUUUUGUUUACUGAUAAGUACUACUAUAUUUAGUAUCUUAAACUUUAUUUCUUUGCUAUCUACAAUGAAGGUCAUGGAAGAGAUGGUGUAGAAGUUUUUCCUGAUGUAGAUUGCUACUAAAUUUACUAACCCAUUCUUAU